GGAGAGGCUGACGGUUGACUUCCGCUUCCGGCGACUGAGGCACGAGGAGCUGGUGUGGCAACAGCGGGAAAAUGCGGCCUUUGACUGAAGAGGAGACUCGUGUCAUGUUUGAGAAGAUAGCAAAAUACAUCGGGGAGAAUCUCCAACUGCUGAUCGACAGGCCCGACGGCACCUACUGUUUCAGGUUGCACAACGACCGGGUGUACUACGUGAGUGAAAAGAUCUUGAAGUUGGCCGCCAACAUCUCCGGUGACAAGCUGGUGUCGCUGGGGACCUGCUUCGGAAAAUUCACGAAGACUCACAAAUUCCGGUUGCACGUCACAGCUCUGGAUUACCUUGCACCCUAUGCCAAGUACAAAGUGUGGGUAAAGCCUGGAGCAGAGCAGUCCUUCCUGUAUGGGAACCAUGUAUUAAAAUCUGGACUGGGUCGAAUCACUGAAAAUACUUCUCAGUACCAGGGAGUGGUGGUGUACUCCAUGGCAGACAUCCCUUUGGGUUUUGGGGUGGCAGCAAAGUCUACACAAGACUGCAGGAAAGUAGAUCCCAUGGCGAUUGUGGUAUUUCAUCAAGCAGACAUUGGGGAGUAUGUGCGACAUGAAGAGACAUUGACUUAAAACGAAAUCAUCGCGAGGACUUAUGGCUGUGUGGAAGGGCCUAGCUUUGUUUCCUGUGUCUGUGUAGGUUCCACCAUCAUGUUGAAUUUUGUCAACACUGACCUCUCCAGGGACUUCUUAGUUUUAUAUUCUAUUACAGACAAAUGCAGGCUGGAUUCUAACUAAGCAGAAAUGGUUCAAAAAUGGAGUUUUGGAUUUUUGUGUCUGUUACUAAAUAGAAUAUUGUGUUUUAUAUUUUAAUCAGAGGGCUUCUUGUUUUCAGUAAAAGUUCUAAAUCAUUGGAAUUGAGGACAAGGAUAGCUUUUUAUUGUUAUCUGUGAUAACACCGUUUUCCAAACUCACGAUAAGAAUGUAAGUUUUUUUUAUUUAUUUAUUAAUACUAUGAAAGAUAGAUAUUGCCAUAUCCAAAUGUGUGGGAUUUUACAAAUGAAAUUUGGAUAAAAUACUAAGAGCAGUUUAUUCUGAUGACUUUAUGGUAGGUUCUGCAUGGUGUAGAAGAAAACUUGGAUUUAAAACCUAGUUCUAAUACCUACCAGCUAUAUGAUGCUUUAUCUGAGUCAUUAAACUUUCAUGAGUUUCAUUUUCUUUUGUUUCAAAAGACAGCUUUGGCCAUCUAUCUAAGAAUGGUUUUUAGAAUUAGAAAUCAUGAUUGUAAAGUACCUAGCACAGUGCCUGGCAAAUGAUAGGUGUUAAAUCAAUGCUAAGAAUUAUUUUUAUGUUGCAUAUACUGAGUGUUGCUGCUACUAAGAGUGGGAUCUAAUGAGUAUAAUUUGAUUACAUUAUUUUGUUUUUUUCCAAGCUGUUUUCUCAAUCUUUCUUUUUCGUGGAUGGUGUGAUCUUGGGUUGAAUUUUUUUUCCAUCAACUUGGUUUCCUCAGACAUUUUCCUUACGAGCCUUUACUCACCUUACUGCAUUGGACAAAAAGCACUAACCAGAGACCCUGAAAUAAUUUACCUCCUCUGUUCUUCCCUCUGCUUCAUGAAAUCAUUUUUAGAAUUAUUAAAACAUUUUUUAAAUGAAAAACAUUUGCAAAUAUUUUUUAAACUACCUGUAUUGUAAAACAAUUUCUCUAAGAAUAUACUGCUUAUUUUAAAUUCCAAAGGACACAUCUCUAAAAAUAAAGCACUUUUUAACCAUUCUACCAACUUCUGUUUUUGUAUGCAACAUAUAAAACCCAUAUAAAAACUGGGUUUUAUAUGUUUUUGUCCCUUUUUUUUUUUCAACCAUUCUCCCUUCCAGGGUUCUCUGUUAACCUUUAUGUAGACUUAGUGAAGGUUAAGAGACCACUAUAUGAUGAAUAGUAUUUUGAUGGUAAACGUUAAACUUUGAUUAAACUUCAAAAAUAGCCAACAUCAAAACUUACACAUUUUUUUUUAUUUAUUGCCAUUUUGCCUCUGUAGAUGAGAGCAAUAAACUAAAACUUCCUAAGAGGAGAAAUUGAAUUUUUCCCAAUAACUUGAAAAAGCUGAUUUAACCAAAGCUUUGACAGGUUUCUGCCCCAGAAGGAGAGAGCCGCUGUAGUUGUUUUAGCUUAGCAUCUUGGCUUCUUUGUGUCUGUAGUCAUUGGGACAUUGAAGAGACGCUUCAAGAAGUACAGCUGCAGGACCCCAGAAAGAACAAUGACAAGGCUCUGGGCUAUCGACCACCGGUUCACGUAGUUAUAGUUUGAUUGAAGAAGGAAAAAGUCAGCCAUUUUCCUCAUGCGGGCAAAGUUGUAGUAUCGCCACAUGUGAAAGAUAUUUCUCUGUACCUUUCGGGUACUUUCCUGUGGGACGGACAAUGAAAUAAGGAAAGGGCUCCUUACCGCCCCCCCUGCCCACCAUCUUUCCUCACCACCAGCACUAAGUUCUCAGGAAAUUGAGUAACUUAAAUGAAUUUAUAACAUGUAAUAAGUUGGUGGCUGUUGUAGUUACUAAAUGAUAAUCUAGCUAUAUAGGAAAAUGGCCUGGACUUCAUGUUAAACUUUUUUAAUGAAAAACUUCAAUGUUGAAACCGGGGAGUUCUUCCAGAUCUCUAGAUUUAGAUACACACUCAACACUGUUAUCAUUGUCCUGGGUGGUGUCGUCAGCUCUUGCAUAUAGUAGAAAACAAGGCCUGCAAACUUAUUACAGAGCCAGAUGGUAUAGUAAACAGUUUAGGUUUUUCAGGCCAAAUAGUCUCUUACAACUACUGAACCCUGCAAUUGUAGCACCAAAAAGCCAGAGACAAUAUGUAAUUAUCAAUUGAGCAUGUUUGUGUUCCAAUAAAACUUCAUUUACAAAACUCUAGGCAGUGGACUUUAGUGCAUCCAAGAGACCAUCAUGAAACUGCAGAUAUCCCAUAAAAUGGGAGAAAAUACCUGUAAAUCAUAUAUCGAUCAGGGACUUAUAUCCAGAUUUUUUAUAUAUAUAUAUAUAUAUAUAUAUACACACACACAUGUACACACAGAUCCAAUGUAUAAAACACAGCUUAGAAAAAGACUACCUGAUUUUAAAGUGGGCAAAGUAUUUAGACAUUUCUCCAAAGAUAUGUAAAUGGCUGAAAAACACAUGAUGCUCAGUGUCAUUAGGGAGACAACUCCAAAUCAGAAGAUACCAUUUCACACUCACUAGGGAGGCUAAUAAGACAACAUGUUGGUGAGGAUGUGGAGAAAGCGCAGCCCUCAUUCACUGCCAGUGGGAGUGUAAAAUGGUUUAGCCUCUGUGGAAAACUGCAGUUCCUCACAGAGUUAUUCUAUGACCUAGUAUAGUACUUGUAUCUGUACAAAAAAUGAAAACAUGCUUAUACAAAAUUUUAUAUGCAAAUGUUCAUAGCAUUAUUCAUGAUAGCAAAAAAUGAAAUAACCCAAAUGCCUGUCAGUUGUUAAGUGUGUAAAUGUGUUAUAUCCAUACAGUAGAACAUUAUUCAGGCAUAAAAAGGAAUGAGAUACUAAUAAAUACUAUGAUGCGGAUGAGCCUGGAAAACAUCCUAAGUGAAAGAAGCCAGACACAAAAGGUCACAUUGUAUGAUUUCACUCAUUAAAUAUACAGAAUAGGCAACUCUGUAGACAGAAAGUAGACUAGUGAGUGAGUGGCCAGAGUGGGAGGCGUGGGGAAUGGACAAGUGACUAAUGUAAUGGGUAUGAAGUUUCAUUUGGGGGCAAUGAAACUUCUGGAAUUAGAUACUUGUGAUUGUACCUGGACGGUGAGAAUAUGCUGAAAACUACUGAAUUGUAUACUUUAAAAUGAUGAUAAAGGAAGAAUUUCAAGAGCUCUAAGUCAUAAAAAUGAAAGGCUUCAAAUCCCAUUGCCUGGUUGGUUUCUACACAAAUGAGUGCUUGGAGUAAGUGAUAACUACUCUCAUAUUUUAAAUAUUUCCACCACAUUUAAAAUCAGUUUCCAUGGAUGUUUCUCUCCCACAAAGCAAUUACCUCAAUUGCAUCCAGAGUAUCAUUCAGUUGUUUUCUUUCACUCUUCUGUUUGUGGUCCAUCUCAGGCCCCUCAUAGAAGACUCCAAAAUUGAGGUACACUUGCACAGAACCAAAGUGAUUUUGCUGAUUUUUUAGACAAAGUUGAUAAAAACCUGUAAGAAUCCCUAUAUCAUUAUGGAGUCUUGGUCUCCCACCCUAUGUUGAUCUUUCUUCCUCUAGGUUUAGAAGCUGUCUGUUCUCCAGUGGUCAGUGUGCUACGUUAGCACCUUCUUUUUACUUAGCAACUACAAAGAUCCCAUAUUUGAUGUGGAAGAAAGAUACCGAUCUUACAGGAAACAUUUACUAAAUAUGUAUAAUAAUUGUUUUUAUUCUUGCAAAUAAUUUAUUGCAAAUGCAAAUAUUACUAACUAGUUCUAUACUGAAAAGAAAACCGUGUUUCCUUCCUCUUUUUCAACAUUUUCUCAUUAAGAAAUUUCUCAAAAUAAGUUGAAAUGAAGAGAAUGGUGUUUGUUUGCUUUUUAUAUACCAUUAGAGCUGGGGGAUACCUUGAAACUAAGGGAAACGUGAUAUGUUGUGAAAGAAACCAUCCUGCUGAAGUAACUGACUUCAAGGCUGUAUCAGGACUGAUGGUUUUGGGUGCUGGUUCUCCACUGGGGUUGCCUCCCCUUGUGUGUGUGGGUGUGGGGAGGAGUGGGAUUGGAAAGGUGUGGCGGUGUGUUUUUUGAAAUGAUUGGAAGGCACUACUGGCAUGUAGGGGCCACCAAAUGCUAAAUAUUCUAUAAUGCUGAGUAGAGUAUCCUGUGCUAUACAUGAAAGAUUGUCUUAUGUUCCUGUAGAGAAACAUCUUUUUUUGUACACCUGGCCAGUAGAGAGUGCAUAUGGUGCUGUCCAGGGUGGGGACAAGUUAGAUCUAUACGGGGACAGGCUAUAGGAAUUUCUGGUGACUAGAGAAAUGCUUUGUUGUAGAAGAGAGGUAUUUUUCAUGGCCGUACAUUUCCUUUUGUUCCGAGUCUGCUUUUUGGAACUGGCUCAUGUAUUCCCAUGACUGGAAAGAGAUGUUAUCCCAUAAUAAAUUUGCUAAUUGGAAUUCUAUAUCUUAAA